AUGUCGCUCAAUCCAUUAUCUGUGAUCUUGAAAGAAAACAAACUCGAUGGGCCAAAUUAUGUAGACUGGAAACAUAAUUUGGAUAUUGUUCUCAUCGCUGAUGAUUAUAAGUUUGUGAUUGAUACCGAUUGUCUCGCUAAACCCACUGAAAAUGCUUCAGAGGAAGAGAAGGCCGUGUAUAAGAAAUGGAUGAAAGGAAAUGAGAUGGCGAAGUGCUACAUUUUGGCUUCUAUGUCAAAUGUGCUUCAACAUCAGCAUCAUUCCUAUCAAUUUGCUUAUGAGAUCAUGGAGAACCUUCAAUCCCUCUUUGGGACUUAG